CACCAAGCUUCAUCAACCAAGAUAUCGGUUGGACCCUCAAUUUCUAGUUGGGGAACUUUUAGACAUACCUAGGGUUGGUUCGGUGUGGGCGUCCAUAUAGGCUCACCUACCGCGCGUUUACUGUAUCCUCUUAAGCAGUCGUAACCCCGACAUCCCUCAAAUAGCAGCAAGGUCACUGCUGUGGUUGGACUGCAUAUUCCAUUCUACGGACUCCAUUGGCCCGCUCCCAGCUCCCUCUCCACUAUCUCCUGCUACCUCCCCUCUGAUCAUUGUUACCACCUUUCGGUUUAUAAAGGCCGCAGAGAGUGAGCAUCGAGCUUGAACCAGACCCCUGAUGAAUACAGUCUCCUACUAUACACCCUUAGGUACUCUAGCAGGCGUGGAGCCACGGCACGGAAGCUAGCCGCCCUCCCACCCCAUUAUAGGAUAAGCAACUGAAAGAGGCUUACUCGCUAGCCGCCCUGCCCAUCCCGUUAAAGAUUCGUUGAUGGUAGUUACGCCCCGACACACCUUGCCGAAUAUAGACAGAUCUCAGGGGCUAGGUACCUAGCUACUCGAACAUAUACCCUCUGGAGUCGUUCAACCAUCUAUCACCAAUCAUUCCAAUCAUGGAGGGGACCAACGAACCCGAUUCCCAUCUUCCCAGGGAUAGGAAGAGGAAUAGACUUGGCUAUCACCGGACACCUGUCGCUUGUAAGUGUGUUUACACCGCCGUCGUGAACCAACCGCCGCCGCCGCCCCCGACGGCACGGAGGCAAGAGAUCAGAGCGUCCGCGGGGCCUUGCCUUGGGUCGCCCACCACCACGUCCCCGACCAUGUCGACGGGGUACCCGUCGGAUAUACAAUCGAGCACGCCGUACCACCAGCUAGCCGCAAUGCAGUCGAUGCCGAAUAUGGGACAACAGCCAUCGAUGGAGCCAGAAGAGAGCGGGACUUAUUCUCCCGAACACAGAGGCACACCGAUCAUGUCCGGCAGUCGACAGUUCAACGGCAACAACAACAACUACGGGCACCACAACGGGACAGACAACACCACCUGGAUGUCACCGACCGGAACCGAGGCCAGCAGCAACGCCUCUGCAAGGUCACCGCCCAGCGACAACAACAACAACAGCAACACGACGAAUAACACUACGUGGAUGAGUUUCGCCCCCCCCAGCCUCAGCCUCGCAGACCAGCAUCCGCACCCGCCAACCCUCUCCGCCUACCCGUCCCAUGUAUCCACGUCCUCGCUGUCGACAUGGCCAACCACGACCUCCCCCGUCGUGCUCGGCGGCCUCGACACGCCCACGGGCGCGUACCCGCUCGUCGCGCGCUCCUGGUCCUACAGCGACGACCAAUCGAGCCGGUUCGCCGCCGCGCGGCCCUACGAGAGAAUCCACCCGCACCCGCACCCCGUGGCGAUCGCGGCCAACGCUGCCGUAGUAGCAGAGCCGGGGUCCCUCUCAGCAGGCGCCGUCUCGCCGUACGACCCUUGGCAGCAGCAGCAGGCGGCGUACCAGCAGCAGUACGCGGGGUGGUACGAGGACCGCGACGAGAGGCUGACGGGGGGGGGAGGGCAUUCGUCGUCGUCGGCGUCGGAGGACGCGCUGCAUGCUGGAGGGGGGGAGUACUACGGGGUGAGGUGACGUGACAGGACGGGGCAUCGCGUGGGGAUGAUUACCUACCUAGUCCCUACUACAACUACGUUUAAAGCCCCCCCCUCCCCCCCUUUCUCUUCUCCUUUCUACCAUCCACAUACCAUAAUUUUCACACGCGUCCAUAUUU